GUCUGCUAGCGGUGUGUGUGCGGUGAGUCAGCCCGCAGUGCGCGCAGCGGAGGCCGGCAGCGCUCCAGCCUGCUUCACCCGGACGCAAAACAAGAAAAGCAAGAUGAAUGUCGGCGUGGCCCACAGCGAAGUGAACCCAAACACCCGUGUGAUGAACAGUCGAGGGAUAUGGCUGACAUAUGCGCUCGGCGUAGGAAUGCUUCACAUUGUACUGUUGAGCAUUCCUUUCUUCAGUGUUCCUGUUGUGUGGACCCUAACAAACGUUAUUCACAAUUUUGGUAUGUAUGUGUUUAUGCAUGCAGUGAAAGGCACACCAUUCGAAACUCCAGACCAGGGCAAGGCAAGACUUCUCACACACUGGGAACAGCUGGACUAUGGCGUGCAGUUCACAUCAUCUAGAAAAUUCUUUACAAUCUCACCAAUCAUUUUAUAUUUUCUUGCCAGCUUUUACACAAAAUAUGACACAGCUCAUUUUGUGAUAAACACAGCUUCGCUUUUGAGCGUUCUCAUCCCCAAAUUGCCACAGCUCCACGGAGUGCGGAUCUUUGGAAUAAACAAGUAUUAAUCCCAGUGUUCAGAGGGCACAGACCAGUUGGGAGCUGCUGCCUGAUAUGGGAAUGUUGUUGAUAACCCUUUGUACUUUGUACCGCAGUUGUGUACACUUAGCAGUUUUGUACAGUCCGUGUAAUUUGUGAGUCUCUUUGUUUGAUAUAUCUUGAGAAAUUGUUGUAGGGAUACGUUAGGAGGACAAUUCCGCAAGCAUUAAUAACUUAAGAUAUUUAAUGUGUUUUCGUUAGUUGUUUUGUGAUCCUCGUGGAUCUGGGCUGGCCCAGGUUUCAUGGUUGAAGUUUUUUUUUUUUUUGUUAAUUAGUUUUUGUUUGUUUAAAUGUGUUCACAUCACUGAUACACUGAAAUAGAUUAAUGCUUUUAGCGUCACUUCACAUUUCUAAAUAGGUUCUUAAAUAAUGCCAUGAGUUGAAAAAAAAAUGUGUUUUUAAAAUCAUUUACAAGCCAUGAAACCUUUCUGCUGUUUCUUGAGUUUUGUCAGUGUUUUCAUUGCUUCAGAGAUGACAAAUAAUAAACGUUUGCAUGAUUUCCUGGAAAUUAUUUGUUCACAAUAUUGUGUUCAGUGUUUUGUUUGGUUAAUAUCUUACAGCUUAUAAGUGACAGUGAAAAUGUAUUAACAUUACCAAAACUUUAGUUAAGUACAGUUGGAAUCAGAAUUAUUAAACCCCCUUUGAAUUUUUGUUUGUUUUUCUUACAUUUUCCAAAUGAUGUUUAACAGAGCAAGGAAAUUUUCACAGUAUGUCUGAUAAUAUUUUUUCUUAUGGAGAAAGUCUUUUUUUUUUUUUUCCGGCUAGAAUAAAAGCAGUUUUUAGUAAAAAAAAAAAAAAAAUUAUUAAGGUCAAAGUUAUUAGCUCCUUUAAGCUAUAUCGAUAGUCUAUAGAACACACCAUCCUUAUACAAUAACUUGCCUUAAUUAACCUAGUUAAGCUUUUAAAUGUCACUUUAAGCUGUAUUGAAGUGUCUUGAAAAAUAUCUAGUAAAAUAUUAUUUACUGUCAUCAUGGCAAAGAUAAAAUAAAUCAGUUAUUAGAAAUGAGUUAUUAAAACUAUCAUGUUUAGAAAUGUGUUUAAAAAAAUCUCUCCGUAUAACAGAAAUUGGGGGGGAAAAAUAAACGGGGGAUAAUAAUUUAGAGGUUUUAAAUAUUCUGAUUGCAACUGUACAUUAAUUUAAGUUGAUGUGAAAAAAAAAAAAAAUACAACUUAUUUCUUUGGUCUCUUUUUGAACAGUUUAUCUUUGCGCAUUAUUUCUUAUUUUCUUUUUUGAAAAGCUUCCUUUUACCUUAAAACAAAACAUCAAGUUCUUCCCAAAAUUGUUAUAUCUUCAGUUCUAAUCAGAAUACGUUGAAUAUACAAAGUGUCACUAUGUGAUCAGAAAACUCCAGAUCAGUACCAAGCUUCAGCAAACCAUCAUAUUUCUUUACUCUUUUUCCGUCACAGUAUUAUUGAAGUUGAGAAACUGUAACAUAGACCCGUUAACAGUUUGUAUCCUUCCAUUAUCUUGUCUUUUGACAAUAUCUGCAAAGCCUCAACUGUGCCAAUUGUUUUGUCCUUUUGUUUUGAGAAAAGGUAUGAACAUAGUAUGUUAUCUGUUGUAUGACAUGCUGCAAGCAAAUAAACCUUUGCAAAGUAUUAGCAA